AUGUUCUUCUAUGAACAUCAAAUUACUCUCUCACACUACUCCGAUUACUUUCCACAAGGAAAUGGAUUGGCAGAAUCGAGCAACAAGAACCUGGUAGCAAUCAUGAAGAAGUUAGUUGAUGAUAAUGCCCAGAACUGGCAUAAAAAGGUCUAUGAAGCCCUUUGGGUGGAUAGAAUUACCCCUAAAAGAGCCAUUGGAAUUGCACCUAUUGAGCUAGUGUAUGGGAUUGGUGCAAAAGUUUCUUUACCUUUGGAAUUGUUAGUGGCUAGGCUUCAAACUAUAAUUGAGGAUUGCUUUUUCCAGAAUACUCUAGAGAAGAGGGUUGUGUAUCUGAUGAAGUUGGAAGAAGAGAGAGAAAUGUUAGUGGAUAGAAUAUAUGAGCAUCAAAACAGGUUGAAGAAGAUUUUUGAUAUGAGGGCCCAACCAAGAGAUUUUCUUGAAGGGGAUGAAGUACUAUUGUGGGAUAAGAGAAGGGAACCAAAGGGUGCCCAUGGAAAAUUUGAUUCACUGUGGAAAGGUUCGUUCAAGAUCCAUGAAGUAGUAGGACCGAAUGCAUUAAGACUAAGUUAUUCUGAUGGAGCAGUUAUGCCUUACACCUAUAAUGAGUAG